AUGACACCUCUGACAAACACAUCGUCGCAAAAUUCGACCUGCGCCGUGAGCAGCAAUGGCGUGACGGAUCACACCGCCAGCGACAAUGAGGGCGUGAACGCGGCGCCUGUGGAAGAGACGCCGUGCCAGAAGAGAGCGAGGGAGUUGCAGGAACGGGGAUGGCGACGAAUCAUUCGCAACUUUACGCCUUCUUGGUUUGCAGUUAACAUGGGAACUGGAAUCGUUUCCAUCCUCCUUCAUAACUUGCCGUACAAUGCCCAAUGGCUGCAGUACAUAAGUUACAUCUUCUUCGGCCUCAAUAUCCUCCUCUUUGCGAUAUUCACCUGUAUCUCUUUGGCGCGGUAUACCUUUUACCCUGAGAUUUGGUGGGCCAUGAUUUCGCAUCCGGGACAGUCGUUAUUCCUAGGUUGCUUCCCAAUGGGCUUUGCAACCAUCAUCAACAUGAUGAUCUUUUGCUGCAAGCAAUGGGGCGACUGGCUCGUCUACCUAGCCUGGGCGUUCUGGUGGAUAGACGUCCUCCUCUCCAUGGCCACCGCCAUCACCAUGCCCUUCAUCGUCAUGCACCGCCAUAAACCCGGCCUGAGCAACACCACAGCCGCGCUUCUCCUCCCCAUCGUACCGACAGUCGUUGCCGCCGCCACGGGUGGCAUCGUAGCCGAAGCGCUCCCUGACCACGGACACGCCCUCACCACCCUCGUUGCGAGCUACGUCCUCUGGGGCAUCGGCGAGUGUCUCUCCGCCUGCGUCCUGGCCCUCUACUUCCAUCGUCUGACCAUCCACUCCCUCCCGCCAAAGGAGGUCAUCGUAUCGGUGUUCCUCCCCGUCGGGCCCCUCGGCCAAGGCGGCUUCGGCAUCCAGCAACUCGGCAAGGUUGCCGUGCAGCUGCUCCCACAGACAGCGGCCUUUAGAGCAUCGGGUGUGGACGUGCUGCGUGGCGCGGAAACGCUCUACGUCCUAGGCGUCUUCAUGGGCAUGAUCAUGUGGGGAUUCGCUCUCGUGUGGGUGUGCUUCGCGCUCAUCAGCCUGGCGACCAUUCGUGAUUUCCCCUUCAAUAUGGGCUGGUGGGGAUUUACCUUUCCCCUGGGCGUGUGGGCGACCUGCACGACGAUGCUGGCUGUGAAUUUGGACAGCACCUUUUUCAAAGUAGCCUCGAUGAUUAUUUCAUUGUCAGUGCUUCUUCUCUGGAUAAUGGUAGCCAGCAGAACACUCCUACUAGCCGUCAAGGGCGACAUGUUCUUUGCACCCUGCCUCAAAGAAUUAAAAGAGAAGGAAAGAGCGGCAGCCAACGACACAAGAGUAUGA